ACUCGAACUUCCGAUGAAUCUAACUCAAGUACCGACUCUUGAUACUUUCUUUCCCCUCUCAUUCUCAGAUGGUUAUCACUCAGCCGAGUAAAUCGCACUCCCAUCUCGACUUUUUUUUUCUCUUAUCUUCCUUUUCCGGACCUUUUUUCUUCUCAUUCCGCAGAUCAAUCCUGUUUAUUUCCAUAACUAUACUUUCUUUCUUUUUUCUCCCCGCCGGACUUGUACUUCUAUUUCGAGGCAGGAGGCUAGGCCGGGGAUGGACGCUCAGACCACAUUCCUAUACUUUAUUUUGUUUUGUUUUUCUGUGUACGGCUGAGCGCAACUGUAACUGUGCUUCGAACAAAACAAAGAUUACCCACAGAAACUUGUAAAGUAUGCAGUCGUGUAUGUGCGGAAAUCGUGAUGGACGAUUGUUUUUC